CGAAAGGUUCCCGCCAAAGAAAACCAGAGCGAAACAAUUUGCCGGGAAUUACGGGCAAUUUCCCGCCCUCUCUCAAACAUUAACUUUAUCGUGUCUAGUCUACUCUAAUUCCAGGUCGUCCUCCAUACUCCUCAUAAUAAAAAUAAUCAUUCAAUACCCUCCCUCAUCCUCAUUUUCCUACGACAUAUAAAAAACUAAAACCCUCCAUUUUCUCAGUCUUGAGUCUCAGUCUCUCUGCAAUUUGUAACAAUUUGCAAACUUGGAAAUGGCACCGACACGUCGUCAGAGCAACGGCCGAUCUCCGCUCGUCAACCAGCAGCGUCAAAUAACUUCCUUCUUCUCCAAAUCUCAUAUUCCCUCCAACCAAAACAACCCUACUAAAUCACCCAACCUUAACAAACACAGCCCCAACCGAAAUCCUAGCCCUAGCCCUACCCCAAACCCUAAUAGUCCAAGCCCUAGCACCCCCUCCCCUGUACAGUCCAAGCUUAAGAAGCCCCUCCUAGUCAUCGGCGCUUCUACUCCGUCUCCGACUCCAGCUUCUGUUAAAUCCUACGGUGGAGAGGUCGUAGGGAAGAGGAUAAAGGUGUAUUGGCCGUUGGAUAAGAGCUGGUACCAAGGCUUUGUGAAAUCCUUCGACAAGGAUGCUGGUAAACAUUUGGUUCAGUACGAUGAUGCUGAAGAGGAAAUGUUGAAUCUGGAAAACGAAAACAUCGAAUGGGUCCCAGAAUCCGUGAAGAAAUUUAAGCGAUUGCGAAGGGGUUCUUCUUUUGGUUUUGACAAGGCAGAGACUGAGAAUGAGGUGGACAAUAUCAAGGAUGAAGACGACGAGAGUAAUGGUGAUAGUGGUGGUGAUGAUUCCAGCGAUGAAGAUUGGGGCAUGAAAGGGGAGAAGGAGACGAUUGAUGAUUGUGAAGACGAGGAGGAGGAUAUGGAUUUGGACGAUGACAAUGAUGAUGAUGAUGAUGAAGAGGAGGUUCGAGCAAUGAAGUCGAAAGGAAAGCAGGGUGGGAAGGGAGAGUCAAUGAAGCGGAAGAUGAGUGGACAAGGAAAAGCUGGGUCUGCUAAGAAGCUUAAGGGUGGUGGUGAAGGUGUGAGCAAGGAUGCUUCAAAGGUUUCUUUUAUUGAACCUAAAAGUAGUGCCGAGAGUGAGAAGACAUCUAAUGGUAUGAAUAUUGUAUUAUCUGGUGAUGCCUCAGAAAGGUUUAGUCUGCGUGAAGCGGAGAAGUUGCACUUCCUUGGGGAACAGCGUAGGGAUGCAAAAAAAAGACGUCCUGGAGAUGAAAACUAUGAUCCAAGAACCCUAUACUUACCUCCCGAUUUCUUAAAGUCUUUGUCAGGAGGCCAGAGGCAAUGGUGGGAAUUUAAGUCGAAGCACAUGGACAAGGUUCUAUUUUUCAAGAUGGGGAAAUUUUAUGAACUCUUUGAAAUGGAUGCUCAUAUAGGUGCAAAAGAACUUGAUUUGCAAUAUAUGAAGGGAGAACAACCUCAUUGUGGAUUUCCAGAAAAGAACUUCUCAAUGAAUGUUGAGAAACUGGCUAGAAAGGGUUAUCGAGUACUUGUUGUAGAGCAGACAGAAACACCUGAACAGUUGGAACUUCGUCGGAAAGAGAAGGGUUCUAAAGAUAAGGUUGUGAAACGAGAAAUAUGUGCAGUGGUUACCAAAGGAACGCUUACUGAUGGAGAGAUGCUGUCAGCAAAUCCUGAUGCUUCUUACCUAAUGGCAGUGACUGAAAGCUGUCAUAAUUUGGCAACUCAAACUGCGAAGCGCAUAUUUGGGGUUUGUGUGGUUGAUAUUGCAACCAGCAGGGUCAUUCUUGGACAGUUUGAGGAUGAUUCAGACUGCAGUGCCCUGUCUUGUCUCUUAUCCGAGCUGAGGCCAGUUGAAAUUGUAAAACCUGCCAAACUGCUUAGUCCUGAAACAGAGAAAGUACUGAUGAGGCAUACAAGGUCUCCACUAGUGAAUGAAUUAAUUCCACUCUUGGAAUUCUGGAAUGCUGAAAAAAGUGUUCAGGAAGUCAAAAAUAUCUAUCACCAUGCCAUUGAUAAAUCAAAUUCUAUGUCUUCAACUAGAGAAAACUUGCAUCCUGUUACAUCUAAUGCAGAAGAAGACUUAGGCUGCUUGCCAGAUGUUUUGUCAGAGCUAGUAAGAGCAGGCGAGGAUGGAAGCAAUGCACUUUCAGCACUUGGUGGCACUCUUUUCUAUCUGAAACAGGCUUUCCUUGAUGAGACAUUGCUUAGAUUUGCUAAAUUUGAGUUGCUCCCAUGUUCUGGUUUUAGUGAUGUUAUAUCAAAGCCAUACCUGGUUCUUGAUGCAGCUGCUAUCGAGAACCUUGAAAUCUUUGAGAACAGCAGAAAUGGAGACACAUUAGGGACACUUUAUGCACAAUUGAACCACUGUGUGACUGCAUUUGGAAAGAGGUUGCUCAAAACAUGGCUUGCAAGACCUCUAUAUCAUGUAGAGUCAAUAAAGGAACGCCAAGAAGCUGUGGGAAGUCUUGGGGGUGUUAAUCUACCUUUUGCACUGGAAUUUCGAAAAGCACUUUCGAGGCUUCCGGAUGUAGAGCGGCUGCUUGCACGUGUCUUCUCUAGUAGUGAAGCUAAUGGUAGGAAUGCUAAUAAAGUGGUUCUAUAUGAGGAUGCAGCAAAAAAACAGCUUCAGGAAUUUAUUUCAGUUCUUCGUGGUUGUGAAUUAAUGACUCAGGCAUGUUCUACACUUGGUGUGAUUUUGGAAAAUGUUGAAUCAAAACAACUUCACCAUUUGCUAACACCUGGUAAAGGACUUCCUGAUGUCAAAUCCGUUCUAACACAUUUCAAGGAUGCCUUUGAUUGGGUGGAAGCCAAUAAUUCAGGCCGUAUCAUACCUCAUGAAGGAGUUGAUUUGGAGUAUGACUCUGCCUGUAAGAAGGUGAAGGAGAUCGAGUCUAGUCUAACGAAAUACCUCAAGGAACAGCGAAAUUUUCUGGGAGACCCAUCUAUUAGUUUUGUUACAGUUGGAAAGGAAGCUUAUCUAUUGGAAGUGCCAGAAAGUUUACGUGGGAGUAUACCUCGGGACUAUGAAUUACGGUCAUCCAAAAAGGGAUUCUUCAGGUACUGGACACCAAAUAUUAAGAAGUCACUAGAAAAGCUUUCACAAGCUGAAUCUGAAAAGGAGUCCUCAUUAAAAAGCAUUCUGCAGAGGUUAAUUGGACGUUUCUGUGAGCAUCAUCUCAAGUGGAGACAACUGGUGUCCGCUAUUGCAGAGCUGGAUGUUUUGAUCAGUCUCGCAAUUGCAAGUGAUUUUUAUGGAGGACCAACUUGUCGGCCAAUAAUGAUGAAACCAUCAUGUACAAAUGAAGUGCCAUGUAUUUCUGCAAAAAGUUUGGGACAUCCUGUUCUAAGAAGUGAUUCUUUGGGCAAGGGUUCAUUCGUACCCAAUGACAUUACCAUCGGAGGUUCAGACAAUGCCAGCUUCAUUCUUCUCACUGGUCCUAACAUGGGUGGAAAGUCAACUCUUCUUCGCCAAGUUUGUUUGGCUGUGAUAUUGGCCCAGUUGGGAGCAUAUGUGCCCGCAGAAAGUUUUGAACUCUCUCCUGUUGACAGAAUUUUUGUUCGGAUGGGUGCCAAAGAUCAUAUUAUGGCAGGCCAAAGUACAUUUUUAACAGAGUUGUCUGAGACUGCCACAAUGCUGGCAUCAGCAACACAUAAUUCAUUGGUGGCAUUGGAUGAGCUUGGACGUGGGACAUCAACUUCAGAUGGACAAGCCAUUGCGGAAUCAGUUCUUGAACACUUUGUCCACAAGGUGCAGUGUCGAGGAAUGUUUUCUACUCACUACCAUCGGUUAGCUGUAGACUAUCGGAAAAAUCCCAAGGUUUCGCUCUGCCAUAUGGCAUGCCAAGUUGGAAAUGGAAUUGAUGCGGUAGAAGAAGUAACAUUUCUUUAUAGGCUGACUCCUGGUGCUUGCCCUAAAAGCUAUGGUGUUAAUGUUGCACGGUUAGCUGGACUUCCUGACUCCGUACUUCGUAAAGCUGCUGUCAAGUCGAGAGAAUUUGAGGCUACAUAUGGUAAGCAUAGAAGGGCAGAAAAAAAUUUGUACAUUCAAUGUUCAGACGACGAGGUUGUAGAAUUCAUUAAAAAUUUGAACAAGAUUGCUGCAAAGUUGAGCUAUCAUGAAUCUCCAGAGAGCAAGAGCAUUAGCUGUCUAACUGAACUACAACAUAGAGCAAGAAUGCUGAUGCAACAAAGUGGAAGUGUCAGAACUUUUGGUGUGGACCAGUGAUGUUACCCCUUUCAUGCAAUGUCAUUGACAUUUUUGCCAUCCAUGCUUUUACACUUUUUAAACCAAUAGAUUUCGAUUGCGCUUUUUAGCUAGAACAAGAAAAGCUUGCUUUGUAAAAUUGAUUGACAUCUUCAGGCCUAGUACUGUAUGUAUAUAACAAUUGUAUUGUCGAUUUAAGUGGGUUUCAACUUUCCAACGGACCGAAGGUUGUUGGCUUUAUGCCCAUGAAUUUUGUAAAAGAAUUUGGCUUUCUUCCGACUGACUUGUUUGUAAAGAGAACAGAUUGGUAAAGAUUUUUUUUUUCUUUUU